CACCACCGGAUGACAGUGCACAUCUGCCAUCAUCAAUUGGACCUGUGAGGACACGACGUCGAGGUUCAAAAGAAGGAGACUUGGUUGUUACAAGGGCAAAACCUCUCUGUACGGUCCAGCAGCUGAAGGAAGAAUGCAAAUCUCGGGGGUUAAAGUGUACAGGUUUGAAAAAGGAGUUGAUAGACCGGCUUGCGCAACACGGCUUUGCUUUGCUGAGUAACAUGCCCCAGUCAUCACGACAAGUCUCUGGCCCAUCGGCACCUACUAUUUCACUCUGCACGACAUUCACAUCCCCACAAGUCCCCGCAUUUCAAGAGGUCGAUGACGAUUCUGAUCUGAUUCAGGCUGCCAGAUCUCUCGAUUCAGACCAGGUGGUUAAGGAUGCGGCAGAGCUGAUGGAGUCUUUUGAAGAAGGGUUCGGUCUUAGGCAUGGUCAUGGAGAUGAGUGCGAUGAAGAUGAAGCCGGUGACAUAGAGAUAGGCGAGGCUGAGACUAGUGAGGAAUGUAGUGACAAUGUAGCAAGAGUAAGAGCAACCAGUAGCAUUGGCACCAUGAGUUUUCAGCCCCCAGCAGCAGCCCAAGCCACAGGAUGGGCUGAUGAGUACAUUCUGCAGACACGACGGAAAAGUGGGCGGGUUACUGAGCAGGCAGUCAUCGCUCAGUGGAAGCAAUGGAUCCCCCAAGCCAUCCAUGAUGGACUUGUACACGACGAUAUUGUUGAUGCAAAUUUAAUUAUUCAUUACCUCAAAUACGCUGCAAUGCGACAACUUCUCAUGAAGCGGGGAGCACCAAAACAGACUAACGAAAGACUCUCAGCGUCUUCCCUCAAGAAGAUCAUGACAAUGCUUGGUUGGGUUCGUGGUCGACAGGAGGACGACAACCCUGACUUGAAGCAUAGUCAUCCGGCUUCAAAUUCUCGAACUGUUGAAUUCUACAAGGCCGUAAUGAUCCAGGCACAACGACACCGUCUUCAGACCGAAGAUUUUGACAUCGCAAAGAACACGAUUCUAGACCAGGAGCUUCGGCCAGACCAGUUCAGCGAGAUUACAGCUGCGAUUUUUAGCCAGAAUCAAGUCCCAACCAUUAUCAAGUCGCAUUUUGCAUGGACUUGGCAAGCAACAACCCUCAACCGUGGAGACGAGGUGAUCAACCUGCCCAUGUCAUGUCUGCAGCCCUACCAUGUCAACAUCCCGGACUUCCGAUUCUCAAACGGACAGGUAUCUGGUCAAGGACAUCAAUUAU